AUGCUCUCGGCGUGGCGAUCUACAGACUAUAUUUCCAUCCUAUUGCCCAUUUGCCGGGGACCGAAACUCGCCGGAUUGACCAGAUGGUACGAGUUCUACUACGAGGUCAUUCGGCAGGGAAAUUUCACCUUUCACAUUCAAGACCUUCACAAGAGAUAUGGCCCAAUCGUUCGAGUUACCCCGAACGAGUUGCACAUCAUCGACUCGGACUACUUUGAGGAGCUGUAUGUAAAAUCCGGGAAAUUGGACAAAUACCGCCCCUUUUCUGCCAGAUUUGGGACCGAUGAGUCGUUCCUCACAGCGCCUUCCCAUGAAUACCAUCGUGUCCUACGAAAUGCCGUCGCUCCCUUCUCGAAAAGAAAGAUUAUGGAUUUUCAGCCGGUCAUUCGUAGUAAGCUGGAUAAACUGGUGACCAAGAUCGAGGGCUAUAUCUCUUCGGGCGGCGUCCUUGCCCUACAUCGUGCCUGGACGGCUUUCUCCGGUGAUGUCGUAACCGAGUUCUGCUUCGCAAAAGCGUACGAUCAUCUGGACUCACCGGAUUUUAAGGAUGCCUUCCAUGGAGGCAUGCACGCCGCUUGUGAAUCUUCAAACGUGCUAAUGCAGUUCCCUUGGUUAUGGCCUAUAAGGAAUGGUUUGCCGGACUGGCUGGUUCUGAGGAUUGAGCCCACUAUGUACGUCCAUAUCCAGGUGCAAAAGGAUUUCCAGCGCACCUUAACCGCGCUCAAGGCAGAGCACGACAAAACUCAGAAGCAGGCCGACCAUGCCACGUUAUUCCACGAAAUGCUGCAUAGUGACCUUGCUCCGAUAGAGAAGUCGGUUGAGCGAAUGAUGCAAGAGGCCCAGGUCAUUAUCGGCGCCGCCAUCCUGACGACAUCUUGGGCGGCUGUCGUGGCUAGCUUUCACAUUAUCGACAAGCCUGACAUCUUCAAGAAGCUUCGCGCGGAACUUGAAGAGGCCAUUCCAGACCCUAAAGCGCCGUUAGAUUGGCAACAUCUCGAGCAGUUGCCAUAUCUCACGGGAUGCAUCAAAGAGGGCAUCAGAUUGGCUUAUGGCAUAGCUUCUCGUCUACCACGUGUUGCCCGGCACGAUCUCAGGUAUAAAGACUGGGUGAUCCCGGCGGGAACGCCGGUUUCCAUGACGAUUGUCGACCUGAACCACGACGAGGAUGUCUUCCCCGACUCGCAUUCGUUCGUGCCAGAAAGGUGGCUAGGUAAUCCAGUCACCGCAAGGGGCCAGAGCUUGGAACAGUAUUUUAUCGGUUUUGGAAAAGGUGCGAGAUCGUGUAUUGGUCUGAAUUAUACACAGGCCGAUCUGCGACGCUUCACUUUUGAACUGUAUGCGACUGACGUGACGGACACCAUUCUCAAGCAUGAUUACUUUGUCCCCACUGUCAAACUCGACACCAAGGGGAUCAGAGUGAAAGUGGCGGCUAUAGGGAUAUGA